AUGUUGAAGAGGAAGAAAGUCGUUUUCGUGCAGCCAUGCCCUGAGGUGGUAGAAGAUCAAGAGAAAGACCAGGGCAAAUGGACGCUACUCCGUAACGUCAACCAGGCCCUGAAGCCCACGACCAUUUUAGCGGGGGAUUAUGUGUGGAUGGACCUCAAAACCGGACGGGAAUUCGAUGUCCCCAUUGGAGCGGUGGUUAAACUGUGUGACUCUGGACAGAUCCAGGUUGUGGAUGAUGAAGGCAAUGAGCACUGGAUUUCCCCACAGAACGCCAGCCACAUCAAACCAAUGCACCCCACCUCCAUCCAUGGAGUGGAGGACAUGAUCCGUCUGGGUGACCUGAAUGAGGCGGGAAUCCUGAGGAACCUGCUGAUCCGCUAUCGAGAGCACCUCAUCUAUACAUACACUGGUUCAAUACUGGUGGCCGUAAACCCCUACCAGCUCCUACCCAUCUACUCACCAGAGCAGAUACGCCUGUACACCAACAAAAAGAUUGGAGAGAUGCCACCACACAUCUUCGCAAUUGCUGACAACUGCUACUUCAACAUGCAGCGCAACAACAAGGACCAGUGCUGCAUCAUAAGUGGAGAAUCCGGAGCAGGGAAAACAGAAAGCACAAAACUGAUUCUGCAGUUCUUGGCGGCGAUCAGCGGUCAGCACUCCUGGAUUGAGCAACAGGUCCUGGAGGCCAAUCCUAUAUUGGAAGCUUUCGGGAAUGCAAAGACCAUCCGCAACGACAACUCCAGCCGAUUUGGGAAAUACAUCGACAUCCACUUCAACAAAAGGGGAGCCAUCGAGGGGGCAAAGAUUGAGCAGUACCUGCUGGAAAAGUCCCGGGUCUGCAGGCAGGCCCCGGAUGAGAGGAAUUACCACGUGUUUUACUGCAUGCUCAGGGGAAUGACGAUGGAGCAGAAGAAGAAGCUGGGUCUCGGGAAAGCCACGGACUACAACUACCUUGCCAUGGGCAACUGCACCACCUGUGACGGCAGAGAUGACAGCAAGGAGUAUGCCAACAUCCGCUCAGCCAUGAAGGUCCUGAUGUUCACCGACACAGAGAACUGGGAGAUCUCCAAGCUGCUGGCUGCCAUCCUGCACAUGGGCAACCUGCAGUAUGAAGCUCGGACCUACGACAACCUGGAUGCCUGCGAGGUCGUUCAGUCGGCGUCACUGAUCACCGAAGCGGCGUUGCUGGAGGUUGACCCUCAGGACGUGAUGAACUGCCUUACCAGCCGAACUAUAAUCACCAGGGGUGAGACUGUCUCCACCCCUCUCAGCAUGGAACAAGCGCUGGAUGUGAGGGACGCUUUCGUAAAG